UCUUCUGAGCAUGCGCAAUCGGUGUAAACAGGAAGAAGCUGCGAAAACCAGGGAAAAUCUAGAAGAUGAAUAUAUAUUCAACGGGGGAAAAAAUCAUAACGUUCAUUGAUUACUCGUAAUUUUAUUAUUUUAGCGCACGAAUAUGUCAACGAAUAUUAUUCUGAAUGAAGUAUUUUAGCACAGCGGUACACGACGAUAGUCAGCAACGUUACAUUAGAUAGACCUUUUCUUUAUUUUUUUACAGAUUGGCAACUAACUGAAGCUAGUAGCUUUCGUUUCGUUUUACUAGAAAAUAGUUUGCAAGAAUCUAAUUUGGACAGACAAGUCGAGCAAUAUUUUUUCACACUGCGGCCUGUGAACAACGCCGGGGAUUGUCAGUAAACUAACGUUACACGGUUAAUUUCCCCUCUCCUUUCAAGUCGUCCGGAUGGCCUGCUAACCUAUUGUCGGAGUUUCGGGUCAGACUCCCCUCGUCCAAGCACGUUUUUUUCCCUAAACCCUGUCUGUUGCUAGCUACGAUAACAGACAGUCUAUAGAAAUGGUUCAGAAAGGUAAGGCGGUGGUGGGGACGUCUCAAGUGGAGGUUGAGGCGAGCCCAAGCUCGGGGCCGUCUGAGGCUGGUUCAGAAGCCCCUGGCUCAGUGGAAGAACCGAGAAGCAUCGGGGUGGAACUAUCGGGCCGCAGGAAAUUCAUCAGUGGAGUCGUGGAGGGCUUCUAUGGCCGGCCAUGGACAAUGGAACAAAGGAAAGAGCUGUUCAGGAGACAGCAGAAAUGGGGCUUGAACACAUACCUCUACGCGCCUAAAGAUGACUACAAACACAGGAUGUUCUGGAGAGAGAUGUACUCAGUAGAAGAAGCAGAACAACUGAUGACCCUGAUUAGUGCUGCAAAGGAGUAUGGGACCGAGUUCAUCUAUGCCAUCUCCCCAGGCCUAGACAUCACCUUCUCUAACCAGAAAGAAGUGUCCACACUCAAGAGGAAACUGGACCAGGUAACUCACUUUGGCUGCAAGUCAUUUGCCUUACUGUUUGACGACAUCGACCACAACAUGUGUCCCGCCGACAAGGAAGUGUUCAGCUCCUUCGCCCAUGCCCAGGUGUCCAUCACCAAUGAGAUCUUUCAGUACCUGGGAGAGCCUGAGACCUUCCUCUUCUGCCCCACAGAGUACUGUGGAACGUUCUGUUACCCCAAUGUGGCCCAGUCUCCCUACCUGCACACAGUGGGAGAGAAGCUGCUUCCUGGUAUUGAAGUGCUGUGGACAGGUCCUAAGGUGGUAUCCAAAGACAUUACAGUGGAGUCCAUAGAGGAGGUCUCUAAGAUCCUGAAGAGAGCUCCGGUAAUCUGGGACAAUAUCCAUGCCAACGACUACGACCAGAAGCGUCUGUUCCUGGGGCCGUACAAGGGGCGCUCCACAGAGCUCAUCCCCCGCCUCAAGGGGGUUCUCACCAACCCCAACUGUGAGUUCGAGUCUAACUUCGUGGCCAUCCACACCCUGGCCACCUGGUACAAGUCCAACAUGAACGGAGUGCGCAAGGAUGUUGCCAUGACGGAUGGAGAGGACAGUACCGUGUCUAUCCAGAUCAAGCUGGAGAAUGAGGGCAGUGAUGAGGAGUUAGAGACAGACAUGUUGUACAGCCCUCAGCUGGCCCUGAAACUGGCUCUCACAGAGUGGCUGGGGGAGUUUGUAGUGCCUCACCAGUACAACAGUCGCCAGGUACCCCACAGCGGAGCUAAGAGUUCAGCUAUUGAUGUGUCAUCACUAGGUGCCUCCUCCCUCUGCUCUGCUACUACAGUCACUACAGUGUUCCAACAGCCCAUCAUGACCCCCACAGGCGCCCCUGACCCCAACAACCACCCCAUGGCCAAGAGACUGCAACAACAAGAGGUGGAGGAGGUGGAUGUUGAGAAGAAGGACUCUGAUGAAGAGCCCAUGGAGAUGGUUGUGGAGAAACCAGAUGAGACGGACCCAGAGUCAGACCCUGUAGCGGAGGCUGCAAAUGAGACCAAGAGCAGCCUGGUCCUUAUAGACAAGAUGGCAGAGGAUCUGAAGCCCAUGGACACAGACAGGGAAGUCCUGGUUCUUGAGUCCAAGUCUCCAGAGGAGGACAUUGACAUGGCCCCCAUGCAAACAGACGAACAGCUCAAACAGGAUGUCUUUGUACCUGGUCCCAAUGAGAAGGCAUUGUACACGGCAGAGCCUCUCUCUCUGGAGGACCUGACCCUGCUAGCUGAGCUCUUCUACCUGCCCUAUGAAUACGGACCCAAAGCCCUGCACAUGCUCAAGGAGUUCAACUGGCUACGGGCCAAUAGCAGCACCGUCAGCGUCAACUGCGAGGGCAAGGAACCAGAGAAGGUUGCGGAGUGGAAGUGCCGGGCUGAGAAGUUUGAGGAGAUGUGUUGCUCGGUCAUCCAGAUGUUCACCAGGCUCUCUAAUUCAGCCAACCGCACCAUCCUCUACGACCUCUACCCCUACAUCUGGGACAUCAAGAGCAUCACCUCCAUGGUCAAGUCCUUUGUCCAGUGGCUAGGGUGCCGUAGUCAGGCCACUGCACAGUUCCUUAGUGGAGACCAAGAGCCUUGGGCCUUUAGGGGCGGUCUAGCAGGAGAGUUCCAGAGAUUGUUGCCAAUCGACGGGGCAAAUGAUCUUUUCUUCCAGCCUCCUCCCGCACUGCCAACAUCCAAAAUCUAUUCCAUCAGGCCCUACUAUGCUAAAGAUGAGCAUGCAGUUUAUAAGAUCUGCAGAGAGAUGUACUCUGAAGGAGUGGAGGAACUGCCCUUCUCUGGAGAGGAGCCAGACCUCAUAGGCGACAGGUUAGUAGGAGGGUUCCUGAACCUGAGUCCAGACUAUGGGUUUGUCCUGGAGGACGAGGAGGGGAUCUGUGGUUACGCUCUGGGCACUGUGGACGUCAAGCCCUUUGUCAAGAAGUGUAAAAUGAGCUGGAUCCCCUCCAUGCAGGAGAAGUACAACAAGCCCGACUGCCAGAAGGACCUCUCUGAGGCUGAGAAGAUGAUGUUGAGUUUCCAUGAGGAGGAGGAGGGCCUCCCAGAGUCAUUCCUCUCCAACUUCCCGUCCCUCAUCAAAGUGGACAUACAUGCCAAGGUCACCGACCCCAGCGUGGCCAAGAGCAUGAUGGGAUGCCUGCUCUCCUCCCUAAAGGCCAAUGGUUCCAUUGGUGCGUUCUGUGAGGUGCGUCAGGCAGACAAGAGGAUGAUGGACUUCUACAGUAAGCUUGGCUGCUUCGAGGUUGCCAAGAUGGAGGGCUUCCCCAAAGACAUAAUCAUCAUGGGCCGCAGCCUUUGAGAACAACUACGAGAUCAUCAACACGGGACCCAGCUUCUGAGACAGUUGACAGCCUGGCUAACCAAGCAAUCAUGGAGCUGUAUAGAAAGCUUAAGUCAGCCAGGCUAAGGAUCACUGUCUGUUACCUUUACAAAACAACCAAUACUUGAUGAUUUUAUACUUCAACCACCUGGACUAGACGAGGCUAGAGGCAGCCUGUUUUUAGACCGUGUUCAGAAACAUCGCAUCUUGUACAGAUUCACUGUGCUGCCGCUAAAGGCCCAGAGCUCUGCCGGAUUGAAACAGAAUCCGAAACUGUUAAGAGCCACAGAGGUUAUCUGUAAAGCCCAGUGUGUGUUGAUUUGAGCCAAGAUGGCGGACGGUUUCCCUCUGUCUUUGGUCUCCAGAAGGGAGGUGAUGACUGUUCCACAUGCGGCUGCAGGAAGUAGGAGCUGGUCAGGUGCCAUCCACUCCCAUUAGCCUUUCAGACCAUUCAACUUGUCUGUCUGUGUCUCCCUCAGACACAGUCAGGGGGUGUAUUGAGAUAUUACUCCAUCUGAAAUUGCACCGUAUUCCCCAUGUAAACACAUUACUUUUGUCUGGUUAAAGGUAGUGCAGUGAAUAGGGAGUUAUUUGAGACUUGGUAGUAGAUCCUGACACUACACCCUAGUAUAGGCCUAGCUGACAGGGCGCUGGUUGGGGAAAAGGGGCCUUUAAAGUAUAUUACAGUUUUCUCCUGCAACCUCUACACAGGUGGUCCUCCUAGCUAACAGAGUGGAAAGUGGUUUAUGAUUCCACCUAUACUGUUUUCCAGUGCGUCCAUUUCACUCUUGAGUUUGAAAAAUUCUCUCUUUCUGGUGUGUUAGAUUCCUCAAUAGUUUACCUAACCAUGACAGACAUGCAGAUGAAAUCAUAUGUUUGAGUGUUCGAGGAAACUUCUGAAGACUUAAGUAACGAGUUGUUUGCUUGAAACCCACCUGAGUAGAAAUGGGUAACCUUGAAGAGAGAAAGGAAUAUGUGGAAGUUGUCACUUAUGUUAUGGUUUGUCUAUUCCCUUAAACCUUUUGCUUUUGGCCAUGCUUUUUUACUAGGGAUGUAAUGAUUUACCCAAUACGCAUCGGUCCCCGAUUUGAAAUGUUUUAAGAUAUAAGUGCACCGGUCCAUGGACCCCAAACCGAUCCAAAUGUAGCAUGCAUCGGUCAGAAAACGAUUUAAAUGUUACAAAUUGCCGGUUCACCAAAAUGUUUUGCUCAAUUAUUCUUUCUACCUUCUGAAAAUACUUCUCAACUUUUGUGUCAAUGUCGAACUGCAUGUAACUGUUGACAGUCAUUGAUCUACAAAGCGUUUUGCAUGUCGAACAACCCCAGGCAAUAUCAGUAGCCUAGUCAAACUGAUACCCUUUACAGACAGACUUUACAGACUUUUUUUUUUUUUUAAACAGGCACUGUUUUUUAGGACCCAAUUCAUAGUCACAUUCUUGCCAGGAUAAGCCUUGUUUUUAUAUCUCCCGUGCACAUGCCGGCAAGUGUGGGAGUAGACGUGGGGCCAAUGUGGGUGGACAUCCUAUUUUAAUAAAUCCAUUAUUAAUUCAUUUUAGGCUGGACCUAAGAAACAUAACUAAUUUUUCCCCCCAAAAAAUAGAAUGCCAUGUAUUGAGUUUAAUUAUGUUAAUGGUCUGUGUGGCCUACAUGGCUGCAGCAUGCACGUGAAAUCUAUAUUUAUUUUGUUAAUUAAACAGACAAGACAUACUUGGGCUACAUUAUUGCAUGCUAAAUGUUUCUGAUCGGUGAUGGAUGAGCAAACCGAUCGAUGAGCUAAACCACCUCCACUUAUUUUCCCAGACAGAGAAUUAACAAAAUAUACAGACAAGAGAUUCAGUGAAACAAAAUCACAUUGAUUAAGACAAGUCAGAGGCUUUUGGUCAGGAGUAAGCCUAGGCUACUAAGUGACUGCCAGUGAAGAGCAAAAUAAUCCACUUGUUAAGCUACAUAACAUGCUGGCAAAAUGUUCUGAUCACUGCUAAUAAAUGUGCCAACCAGACAAGAUGAUCAUGAGCAGCACUCACCUCAACUUAGCUAACAUUACCACAGCCUAAUUGUAGUCUUACCAAUGUCCAAACAGAGGUUCGGUGAAAAGAAAAAUCUGACAUUGAUUUAUCAAGACCCCAUGUUUGUCUCAAAGCGGUGCUGAAAUAGUUGACCACACGCAGGAAGGCCGCUGCGUCAAUCAAAUGUAUUAUAACAGUUUGAUGACUGGGAGUUUCAGUAAGCAACAAUUUGAUGCCUUCAAUUAGAUUGGCCUACUUUAUUCCAAUAUUUUUGUCAUUCGUUGAUGUCUAUUCCAACGAUAAUUCUUUAUGGAUCCAUCCAGUUAUAGUUAAGAAAAGUGUAUAUGGUGGGCUACGCGAAGAUGGGUGAAGUGACAUGUCUCGCCAAGUUUAGAAUUGCCAGGAUGAUAGUAGUAACUGGUGGUGCCUAGCAACCAUCAAGACCUUAAGAGCGUGCCAAUGCCGCCUCAGCAUUACGGCUACAUUUCAUACUAAGCCUAGGGCAGAACUGUACCGCAACCAAGUCGCCAGCAAUACCUUUUCAUAUAUAAAGAGAAGUCGGCAAAAAGUUAUCGGGAUGCUAAAUAAAAAAGCGGAUAAGAUCUUGGUUUGGAAGGUGUAUGAGAAGGGUGUAAAUUGCGGCCUGCAAUUCGUGGUGUUCCUGUAUGUUGGUAUUCCUGCAUCUGCAUAUUCAGGAUAAGAAUGGCCACAUUCAGGAAUGCCCCAAAUUGCAGGCUGCAUUCACACACUGUUGGUCAAACUGCGCACAGUGCCCAGUUUUGCAUGCUGACCAACACAAGGUAGGCGACCUGUUCCUGCUCUUGUACAUCUGUGCGGCACCUUCAGCAUGCAAAUGCUAAAAUGGCUUGCAUGAUAUCAGGCUUUAUUAGUUCAGUGACACCCUAUGUUAUUUGCUACGUUAUUGCUAUCUAUGUGCUGUUGAAAAUUGUGUUUUACCGGAAUAAAAGUAAGCUACCAGAGACAACUCAUCUGGCUAUACCUGCUGAACAGGGAUUACACUAGAUUGUUAAAAGCGAAACUAUCAAAACUAUUGCUGAUGGUGAACCUGAAUAAUCAAAACAAUCCGUGUAGAUGGUCAUUUUUAGAUAUACAGGGUAAAUUUGAUAAUUUCAUGACAAGGAUACCAAUCACUUUUGCGAGGCGCACUGCAUGGUUCUCACGAGGAUAUCACUCCAUAACUUCCAAACGGUCAAAACGAUUCAAUUUUGAAACAAAGUUGUGCUAUAUAUUCAUUGCCUAGGUCAUAACUAAUUUGUGAACAAUAAAUAUUGCUACUUUGCUAAAUCCAAAUCUGGUAAUGGGGUGGUAGAUGCCGAGUCUCCCUUAUGGCUCAUCUCAGGUGCCUGCAUAGUACAUACACCGCAUAGAAAUAAAUAAGUUGCACGAACACACACAUACAGAGGCCCAGCUCAUUAGCUCCAUCAACAGCAGAUUUUAAUUUAGAAUGGAAAAUGAAUGUGUUUAUGCAACAAAUGUUAGUGCAUCGCCUCGACCGAAUCGCAUCGAUUCCUUCUCUAAUCAAACCUAAUGGCACAGAAUUGUUUCAAACUAAAACGUAUCGUUCCUGUAUCGUAUCUAGAUACGUAUAGAAUCGUCUUAAAAAGGAAAGAUGCGCAUCCCUAUUUUUUACAGUAUGUUUAUAUUGCUUUUGUAUUGCCUUUUGGUUCAUUGCCUUUCUAUAUGAUUUUUCUACCUGUGGAUAUCUCCAAGGGGCCUAUUGCCCUGUACUGUAGCUCACAGGUGAUUAUCAUGCACUCUUAUCCACCUGACAUAUACAUAAGGGGACUUGAGAGUGGGUGGGUUCAUUUUAGCUUACUUGGUGCCCAGGGUGGGCUGAGUUUUUACAUUUAAUUACCAUGGAAUAGUCUACCUUCCGGUACCCCAGGCAAGCUAAAAAUGAACACACCUUGCCUCAACGGUGGGCCAUCUGCUCUGAAAGGUCUCUAGAUUCAGUCACAAAUCCAGUGCUCUGGCUCUUAAGCCAAGAGAGAUGAGCCAAAUCUUAAUGUUAGAAAAUGUGAAAAUAGGACGGAACAGAUGCUUUAGCACUCCCACUAUAAUACAGCUGCUCUAUUUCCCAACUUCCCAUGAUGUGCUGAGGAAAGCUAACCACUAACCAGAAUGUUAUCCAGGACAGCAUGUUCAGUUAGAAAUAUACUGUGUAGAACAGACGCGAUUCAACGCAAAGCAGAAUGAGGAACCAUGUCGGCUCUGUACGCCACAUUUCUAUCUGCAACGUCCUACAACAUGGCACCCACUUGAAUACCAUUGCUGCCCUUCUCCCAGUUAGGGUUGUUAAGCUAGAGUGACAUUGACUGACUAUCUUCACUGGCCCUGGCUGUGUCAAGAGAAAUGGAGGGAGUGAUAUACUAUACCUAGGCCUUUUGUAUCUACGUAUGUGUUAAAUGUUUUAUACUCAGUGUUUCUCAUUUUGCUGAUUUUGUUCAUGUAAAGCACUUUGAUCCUAACAUGAAGACUUCUUUUUGUAACAGGAGGAUCAGCCGUAGCUCAUGUUGUUGCUUUGUCCUAGCUGCCUGCCAAUGUGAUUUUGAUACUGCUACAUACAGUACAUCUGUGCUAUGCAUGAUGCUUAUUAGAUUUGUUUGGUUUAGCAAACAGAAGAAAAAAAUCACAUCCAUAUUACAGUCUAUAUGGAUGUGGUGGUGGGGGGGUUGAUAGCUUGAUGCCCUUCCUCAACCUAUGACGUCACCGCAGAGGAGACACGUCAAUUAAAAGGAAUAGGGGGAAAAGAUGACAAGUAUUUUUGUUAACAAAAUGGAGCUUUCUGAUUUGUCAUUUCUCAAUGAGCACAAGCCUGAAUCAGUUCAAACAUUUUAAACACUAGUUAGAUUGAAGUAUAUUAGUCUGCUCUAUUCAACACAUCACCCUCCAUACUAUAUUAUUCUGUGGUGGUCAAUUAAAUUAGAGAAUAGGAACAUGUAUCCUCCCAGUUCUCCACUGAUAUUGAAGGAUUCACUUUUCCAUAACGUCUGACAUUUUAUCAUUGCUUGUGCUAUUGUGACGACUGCUUUUUUUCUGCCUCCUGAUUUUGAAAGUAUAGCUGCAGUUGGAAGGGAUUAUUGUAGGCCUGCAUUUGAUGAUACAUACAUAGGGACAUAGUUUUUUUUGAGGGGGACGUUUACUGAAACUAAUUUCUGUCAAAUGUGUAUGUAAAAGAAAUGGUUUAUAAUAUUAAACAAUUUAAAAAGUG